UCCGAAUAAAAGCACCAUGAUCAAAUUAAAGGCACAGCACAACGUACGAAUGUAGAUUUGUACCGGUAAAAGUACGCAGCCAGUUUUGGGAAAUUUUUGACAUUUAGGUAAACUAUCCAUAGUGAAAUGAAAACAAACAAACAAACGAAUGAAGGGUGUCGCGUAGUGCACAAAUUCCUUAUCACGUUGAAAAUGUCCAACCGUACGUUAGAAGAUUGGGAUACCAUCGCAAAUACAUUAACAAAGGAUGACGCCGCUGAGGAGGAAGAGGAAAUGGACACACUCGAGGCUCUGGAGGCUAAAAUGAGCAAAGUGCCUCGAGGGAUGUUUGUAAGCGGAUGGGAUGAUCCGGACGAUUUGAUCGAGGAAGACAAAGAUCCAAAAGCCAGCUUCGUACGACAUGCGCUGUGGGCUGCCGGUGAAAACAAACAGGACAUUGUGGAAGACAUCGUAAGCCGCAAGCCGAGCGUUGUACAUGCGAUCGAUAGCGAUGGUUACACGGCACUACAUAAAGCUUGUUACAACAACAACCGGGAGAUGGCCAUGCUGCUGUUACGGUAUGGAGCCGAUCCUAAUGCUCGCACGCAAAUGGGAUGGACGCCGUUGCAUUCGGCGUGCAAGUGGAAUAAUGCUGCCUGUGUAGCAUUAAUGUUGCAACAUGGCGCCGACGUGAAUGCUCCCUCGGAUGGUGAUCAGACACCGCUACACAUAGCCGUUACGGUCUCUAGCUGCCGGUCAACACUGCUAACCCUUCUGAUGAACAGUCGGUGUGAUCCAGAGCGCCGGAACAAUUCGGACGAAAAGGCCGAUCAGAUAGCGAAACGCAGUGGCAAUUGUUUUCCAAUGUUUGCAAUGGCUCACUCUGCGCUUACGGUCGAAACUGGAGUGAUCGAUUAACGGGGUCACAUCACCAGCUGACAGGGCAAGAUAAUUUUGAAGCACAACGCUACACAAUUGAAAAAUAACAUUGGUAUGCUAUCGCAGCAGCCGCUCUGCUUCGUUCAAUCAUUAGGCAUACCUUUAUCUCGGCAUUGAAUUUGUUUUUUUUCUAUGCUCGACAGUGAUGUAAAUGUAAAUUAUUAGGUAUAUAAAAACAUAAAUUAUUUCAUAAGCAAGCGUUUGACGUCAAUAAGAGCUAGACGAGUCAUUACUAACGAAAGUUCUAA